AUGGCAUCUCGACCUACUUCUCUGUCUACUACCGCCGGCGGGCAGCUAGGUGGCCCUUCGGCCUUCCAUGGAUCGACCGGCGGCGCACUUAAUCAGACUUCUGCUGCUUCCGUUUCUCCCGCGCAAGGCACCGCCUCCGCUUCCAAUCCGCAAUUGUCGUCGUCACAAGCACAGCAGUCCGGUCCUGUACUUACAGCCGAGGAAAUAGCCGCCGCCACGAAAGUCGAGGCAGCACGUCUAGAGGCACGGGCGAUGGACAUCAACAUGAACACUGUCCGCAUCCCGCGCAUUUCCUUACGCGGCGUCGAUCUCACAAAUAAGCUCGACUUCGCCCACCCGGCGGGAACAUGGCAUACCUGGGCCGAGGAGCUGCAGGAAACCCUCGGGAAAGUCGGCGGCAAGCGCUUCCUCACCGGUGAAUGGCUCAUGCCCGAUCCUGCCUGGGAGCCAGCCUCGCACAACAACUGGACUCUGGGCAAUGAAGCGGUCCUCUCCGUGAUGCUGUCCUCCCUUCACCCUACCGACAAGGACUGGAUACGCAGCUCGUUCAAAGGCGAACCGACGGCUCAUCUGGCUUAUCGCGCACUCGCGAUGCGUUAUACGCAAUGCGGCACUGCGGCGCAAAUCCGCCUUCUCGUGUCCGCUCUCGAGAGACUCUUUACAGCCGGCACGUCUCACCUAACCACGCUCACGAAGAUCUGUCGUCAGUAG